AUGGCGACUGCAUCCCCCAUGCUCAUGCUCAUGCUCAUGCUGUGGCUAUGGCUCAUUGCUCGUCUCGCUGCCUAUCUCGCAUCGUACAAAAGAAAGCGUCUGCCCCCAGGCCCCAGACCACUACCCCUCCUGGGAAACAUCAGAGACUUCCCCCCUGAUGGCACGCCCGAAUACCAGCACUGGCUCAAGCACAAAGACCUCUACGGGGGCAUCAGCUCCGUGACUGUCCUGGGCAAGACGCUCGUCUUGAUCCACGACAAAAAGGCAGCGCACGACUUACUCGAGCUGACUGCGAGCAAGACCUCGGGGCGCCCCAUGAUGGUCAUGGCGAACAAGCUCUGUGGCUACGAGUCCAUUGUCGUCUGCCAGGGGUACAACCCCAUGUUUCGCCGCUAUCGCAGGUACCUCCAUCAAGAGCUCGGCACCAAGGUGUCUGCAGCCCAGUUUCAUGACGCCCAAGAAAUCGAAGUGAAUCGCCAGCUUGUGAGGGCGCUGCGAGAGCCGGAGAAAUGGCUUGUCCACUUCAAAACCACGGCUGGCGCUACCGUCCUGAAAAUGGCCUAUGGCUACACCAUUGACCCGCACAAGCCCGACAGACUGAUUGAAUUAGUCGACAAAAUGAUGCUGGAGUUCUCCCUCGCUGCGGUCCCCAUGGCCUGGGCGGUCGACAUCAUCCCCGCCCUCCAGUAUCUCCCAGCUUGUUGUCCUGGCGGAAAGUUUCAAAAGACGGCCCAGAAAUGGCGAAAAUCCAUCCAAGCAACAGCAUACAUCCCAUACCGAUUUGUGCGGCGCCGGAUGGCUGACUGCACUCACCAGCCAUCAUCGUACGUAUCGAAGCUGGUCCAGAAGCUGAAACAGGGAGACAAUGCCAAUUUGGACAAGAAAGACGAAGAGGCCAUCAUCUGGACGGCGGCGAGUCUGUAUGGUGCGGCCGCCGAUACCACAGUGAUCACGCUUACCAUAUUCACCCUGGCCAUGAUUCAAUUCAAACACGUGCAGCGCAAGGCUCAAGAAGAAAUCGACCGCGUGGUUGGCACAGAUCGACUGCCCAGCUUCAAGGACCGUGACAAGCUGCCAUACAUCAAUGCCCUGGUCAAGGAAGCCAUGAGAUGGUGGCCCAUUGCCGCAAUGGGCUUUCCGCAUACUACUACUGACGAUGUCGAAUACAACGGCUUUCACAUCCCCAAGGGCGCAGUUCUUCUACCGGCCAUCUGGUGGUUUCUGCACGAUCCAAAGGUGUAUGCCGAUCCACAAUCAUUCGAUCCUGAGCGUUUCCUUCCGCCGCGUAACGAGCCCGACCCAAUGUCCGAUGUUUUCGGUUACGGCCGCAGAAUAUGUCCUGGACGCUUCUUUGCUGACUCGAACCUCUACCUCAACAUUGUACAGUCACUAGCUACAUUUAAUAUCAGCCAUGCAGUGGGCGAGGAUGGUAAGGAGAUCGAGGUGGACGUUAAGCCGAAGCCAGGCCUCCUCAACUAUCCGAGCGAGUUCCGUUUCCAAGUUACGCCGCGCAGUGAGAAGCAUAUCGAGUUGAUUAAGCAAGUCGAGCGCAAGCAUCCGUGGGAAACUAGCGAUGCCGAGCAGCUUGAAAGCAUAGAUGACUUUGAGAUUAUGUAUUAG